CAAACAUCGGUUCAUAAUCCAGUCUAUCUACGACUACUUAGACUAGCCACAUAUAGCGUUGUGUUCAUAAACCCUAACUCCUUUUUCUUUCGUUCGUCUCCUUCUUCUUUCUGCAGGUACACGCAGCCGUCGCCGUCAUGGGUAUAGAUCUUGUUGCUGGUGGAAAGAGCAAAAGGACCAAAAGGAAUGCUCCACGUUCCGAUGAUAUCUACCUUAAGCUCCUCGUCAAGCUUUAUCGGUUUUUGGUGAGGAGGACCGGAAGCAACUUCAAUGCAGUGAUACUGAAGAGGCUCUUUAUGAGCAAAGUCAAUAAGCCCCCAAUUUCUCUCUCUCGCUUGAUCCGUUACAUGGCUGGCAAGGACGAUAAGAUUGCUGUGGUUGUUGGCACAGUCACCGAUGAUGUUAGGGUUGAUGAAAUCCCAUGUAUCAAGGUCACUGCUCUGAGGUUCACCGAGACUGCAAGGGCCAGGAUCGAGAAGGCUGGUGGUGAAUGCUUGACUUUUGACCAGUUGGCCCUUCGAGCUCCUCUUGGCCAGAACACGGUUCUUCUUAGAGGCCCAAAGAACUGCAGAGAAGCAGUGAGGCACUUUGGAAAAGCUCCUGGUGUGCCACACAGCCAUACCAAGCCGUAUGUGCGAUCCAAAGGAAGGAAGUUUGAGAAGGCAAGAGGAAGAAGAAACAGCAGAGGCUUCAGAAACUAGGUGUGUUCAUCAAUGGUGGGUGUCUUUGAAAUGUUGCAAAAGUUCUAUAAUCUCUUUUUAUGCUGGUUUGUUUGGAUUAAAGCGAUGAUGAAAAUUUUGGUGUUUGGUAAUAUGUUAUAUGUAGCCUUUGAUUUCUAAUUUACUUUCAACAAUUGUUUAAUGGAGAUCAAUUUUAAUCA